UUGGCCCUCCAACACGAUUUGCAUGAUGUAGUUCUGGAGACGGAUUGCAAAGUUUUGGUUCAUAAGUUGCAGCAUCCGAGUAUGGAACAGAAUGAGGUCGGGGUGUUGUGUCGGAGUAUCAGGAGGUUGUUGAGCGACAUAGGCAAUGGAAGAUGGCGGCAUAUCUGUAGAGAAGCUAAUGAGGCAGCACAUAUUAUGGCUCAUGCAGAGUCGAGGUGGAACGAGAGCUUGGUGUGGUUUGAUAGGCCACCGAAUUAUCUUGUUAAUCAGCUCCAGCUGGAUAGUGUAACCGCUUCAACUGAUUAA